CAGAUUGGGUUGGAAUAUCGGGUUGGCAUGGACAAGGUGGACCAAAAAGUCUGUUUCCAUGACUCUAUGUUCGCAAUUAAAGGGGUAGUUUCUCAUGGAACUGAGCAGUAUUUAAGGGAUUGGCACAUUGAUAUAAAAUUAUUCUUCAUCUUCUAAUGUAGUAAUGGAGUUACGUCCUUUAUUUCUUGUCAUUUUUAAAAUUUAUUAGGAUAGCAGGAAGUCAUUCAGCAACUUUACUGGCUUUCUUAAACAGUCUUGAUAUUUCAUUAUCAUGUCCUUGAUUCAGCUCCAUUUCCAGCACCUUUUGUAGGCAGUUUAUUCCAUGUUAUUGUCACCUAAAUGAAGUUUUCCUCCAUUCACACUUAAGCCUAUCUGGCUGCAUGAGGAUUUUCAGGUUUCUGUGUCCUGGAUAAUAUGUGAUCAGCAGGCAUCUAGCAAUCUACAGGAAUUGCCAACUAUGUUGUGUUCAUUUAACAGUACUGACCGUGAUCACUUACUUUAGUGAUUUUUUUUUCACAGGACGUCACGUGGAAAGAAAUUUGAAAGCAAUUGAUACAUCGACUUCUGACAGAGCCACUUGAUUCAUUGGGAUUCGAAUCAAGAAGAAAUGUUUGCUUUUGUCUGCUUGAGAGGUUUUGGACACUGGUGUGGCAGGAAGAAUACGGAGACAACUGAGUGAGGGAGAUUCAGUGUGCUGACUGUGAAAAGUGCUUCACGCCAUUUCCUCAGCUUGGGGAAUAAAAAUCUCACUCCUCACGGUGGGGAGAGACUGUGUACCCGUUCUGUUUGUAAUUUCAAACCCUGGGCAACACAAGUAAAGCUUCCCCCAUGGGAAAACCGUGGAAAUGUGGAGACUGUGGGAAAGGAUUCCCUUCCCCAUCGGCACUGGAAAACCACAGACGCAUUCACACCGGGGAGAGGCCGUUCACCUGCUCUCAGUGUGGGCAGAGAUUCACUGAAGCAUCCCACCUCGUGAGACACCAGCGUGUUCACACUGGGGAGAGGCCAUUCACCUGCUCCAUGUGCGGGAAGGGAUUCAGUCGGAUGGGCAACCUGCAAACGCACCAGCGGGUCCACACGGGAGAGAAGCCAUUCAUGUGCCCUGUGUGCGGGAAGGGGUUUGCUCAGUCAUCUGGACUGUUGAUCCAUCAGCGGGUACACACUGGGGAGAGGCUGUUCACCUGCCAUGUGUGCGGGAAGGGAUUCACUCAAUCAUCUACUCUCCUGAUCCACCAGCGGGUCCACACUGGGGAGAAGCCAUUCACCUGCUCAGUGUGUGGGCAGGGAUUCAGUCAGAUGGGAAACCUGCAGACGCACCAGCGCCUCCACACAGGAGAGAAGCUGUUCACCUGCUCAGUGUGUGGGAAGGGGUUCGCUCAGUCAGCUGCACUCCUGACCCACCAGCGGGUCCACACCGGGGAGAGGCCAUUCACCUGCUCACAGUGUGGGAAGGGAUUCAUCAAUUCUUCCACCCUGUUGACCCACCAGCGGGUCCACACAGGGGAGAGGCCGUUCACCUGUUCUCAGUGCGGGAAGGGAUUCAUCAAGUCUUCCAUCCUGCUGACCCACCAGCGUGUUCACACUGGGGAGAGGCCAUUCACCUGCUCCAUGUGCGGGAAGGGAUUCAUUGAUUCUUCCGGCCUGCGGACCCACCAGCUGGUUCACACCAGAGAGAGGCUGUUCACCUGCUCUCAGUGUGGGAAGGGAUUCACCCGCUCCUCCCACCUGCAGAGGCACCAGCGAGUUCACGUGCCAUCGCAGGGGGAACCGUUCACCUGCCUCGAGUGCAGGAACACCUUCAGUGAUUCCUCCACCAUACUGACCCACCGGUGGGUCCACACGGGGAGAGGCCCUUCCCCUGCCCCGAGUGCAGGAAGGCCUUCAGCAAUUCUUCCCAUCUCCUGAGGCACUGGCGGAUCCACACUGUUGAGAGGCCAUUUGCCAGCCCCUAGUGCAGGUGAAGGUUUUUGUUGACCUGCAACUUGCGGGGGCACCAGUGCUCCCAACAAUCGGAUUCCACUGGUGAUGCUGUUGUGGGUCACCCUCAGGACUGAAACUCCCGCCCGUUCUGACAGUGGGUGCAGUGGGACAGUCGGUGAGCUAUUUUUGUUUUCUGCUGGACUUCCCUCCAUCCAACUUUGCUUCCAGUGGGAGCUGCAGCAUGUUGAGCCCAGAAGCUGCUACUCUCUAGUUUUUUCUGUCCAGUUAAAGAACUGUUGGCUUUUUCUGAGAAUGAGUCGCAGUCUGUAAGAAGUAUUUGAGUGCAUUGGGACA